AUGGCCACAUCCGCCGAAGCCGCUGCUCAGCUCAUCUACGGGCCCAAUGUGCAGGCAAAUACAUCGCUCGUGACCAUAAAAUUCCUUUCUUCUUGCUUUGCCGGCGCUGUCGCAGGUAUUCUUGGCCUCGAAAAUUGGGUUGGCUUCGCCCUGUUCCUCGUAUCAACUCUGUUCACGUCCUUCUGCAUUCACACCAUCAAUUGCCGAGGGAAUCCAGCCAAGUACAUGCCUCAAGGCGUGGCAGACCUCGUGAACCCCGGGCAGGAUAACGCCUUUACCUUCGUGCUUGUGUGGACUCUAUUCUACGGAUUCCAGGCAUCGUCCACGGUACGCAUUCUGUUCGCAGCGGUAUAUUUAUAA